CGUGCCCCUAUAUAAACUCGAGUUUACCAAUGAUUUGAUCACCGCGAUUUGAGUAAUCUCCUUUUCUCUCUUGAGUAAUUUGCUCAAUCUUUCUCUCCUCAAAGCCAAAAUUUGCGAGAGAAAGGUUUGCCUGCGCAUCAAAGAAAGGGAGAGAGAGAGGAAGGGAUUGCUUCUGCAUCUGUCGUUGAAGAAAUACUAGAAAAAAAAAAAAAAUGGGUGCCUGUGCUAGCGUUCAAAAGGGCAUGAAGGAAGAGGCUACAGCUCCACCACCGGAGCCAGCCAAGGAGGAGACCACCACCGAGGUGCCACAGGUCCUCGCCCUGGAAGAAAAGAAGGCUGAGGAAAGUGCUCCCGCAGAGGCAGCACCAGCCGAGCCAUCCACGACAGAAAAGGCUGAAGAACCAAAAGCAGAAACCCCGGAAGAGCCGAAAUCAGAAACACCUGAAGAACCAAAAGCAGAAAAAGCUGAAGAACCAAAAGCUGAGGCAGCAGAGGCCGUUCCUGAGAGCAAGCCGGCUGAGGAACCAGCCAAGGAUACAAAUGUUGCAGAAGAAACAAAAGAAGAAAGCAAAAAGGAAUAGGAUGGACGACGUUUUAUAAAUUCUAGCAACUCAUGAUAUAUUUUUCAAUAAUAUUAUCUAUAGGGUGGGAACAGGGGAUGCUCUGCUGGCAGUGAAAAGAAAUGCGGGAUUUACCGGUGAUUGAUUUAAGUCGGUGAAUAUCUGUUUUUGGGAAAGGGUGUGUACGAAU